GGGAAGGUUCCUUCAUUUCAAUAUGGAGGAUUAUGAGAGUGUCUUGUGCGUAAAAAACGAGUGUUUUAUUUACAAAAUACCCCCAAGAACCAGCAAUCGUGGAUACAGGUAUGUUCUACGCCCCGUGGGUAUAUUAUUCCCCUUGAAUGGCAAUAAUGUUGGAAUGAUCGAAUGCUUUUGUGGAAUCCUUUAAAGAUUUUAAGCUGUGUUAUCAGAUCGUUUAAUAUAAUUCCUGUUUGCUUUAAAAUAAACAUUAGGCUGACAGAAUUUCAUUCAGACACUAUGAUUGGAAAAUAAGUUUCUUGAAAAAUUUGCUCCUAUUUGGAGAUUUCUCUGUUUUUAAGAAAUCACAUAGAGAGUUGUAAAGAAUUUAUUUAUUCGUUGUUAUUUUAAGGAAUCUCAACAAGCCAAACCCUUAUAUCCCUGAGAAUGGAAUAUUUGCAAUUCAAAUUUCAUUGUAAAAUCGAUGUCUAUUUUAUUAGAUUUAUGGCGUUCUUAAUUUUUUAUCUCGAUAAAAUAUGAUCAUGUAAUUAUAUGAGAAAAACGUUAUAGGCUAAUUAUAAACUACACGGUUUGCUACUACACUUAACCUAUGAACUCAUUUUUAGCCUGUGUAGCAAGCGUUUCCAAUCGAGUUAUUGAACGAAUGUUAGAGUGGCAGCAAAAAAAAAUGGAAGGGUUAGGGGGAGGGAAGAAGAGGAAACACUUGCCCGCAAACAGCAUGAUUUUGGAAAACGACCCUUGAUAUUUCACAGUUGAGUCAUAAAUGUAAAUUGACAGCUCGUAAAGAGAGAAGCCAGUAUAACAAACAGAUUACCAGAUUUGUAAAAUUUACUUUGUUCUCUAAUAAAACACACUCCACGCAAUUGCAAAAACUGUUAUAAAGAAGGUUAACGAUAAAAGAAGGUAGAAAAUCUGAGAGAUUGCUGUGAAAUGUCUUGUUUUUUAUAGGUAAGUUAAAUUUCCAAUGUAAUGUGGCUUCGAAACCGUGUCAAAACAUCGCAAGGAAAAGAUUUGUUUGGAACAAUUCACUCCCCUGGCUAUGAGUUUUGCAGAGCGGCUGCUCUCCAGCCCAUGCCGAGAAGUUCUCUACAAUACAUGCCACUAAAUUUCCAACAAACAAAACACAGGCUAAGAAUCUUUUAAUUUCAAACAGUUGACAAAUGGCUUGUCCAUGGCGGCAUUAGUUAGUAUCGAGUACAAACAGUCUAUUUUUUUCCAGUCAGAUCCGCACACUGUCAUUGCCAACAAAUUGGUCUUCACGAGUGUCCACAGCUCAAAUUAUACUUUGAAGGGGCUCAGAUCUGAUAAACCCUGGCACAAACACGAUUCAAAUAAAAUAUCAGUCCAAAGCGUUCUUAAUCUGCGACCACCAGCACCUCACCAAUCAGAAGCUUUGCAAAAUCGUGGGGUUGCAGGCAAGGGUUUCCUUCUCUCCCCUCCCCCUCUCCCAUUCUUCUGUUUUUUUGCCCUCAUUUCAACUUUCUCAAUGAACUCGCAUGGAAACUCUUGCUACGCAGGCUAACUUAUUUUAUUUGAUCAGUCCCCAGUCACUGUUGAUAUUCACGGGUAUCCAUGAGUCAUUGUGAUUGGGUAUCACUCACUCACUUUGCUUGGUGUAUUUCGAUCUGUUCUUGUUGAGUAUCAUGCUCAAGGUUAUCAUGGUACCAAUGUACCCUGCAAGCAUUGGUUUGUCUAUAGGCUGGACGCUACCCUAUGAAGGGAGAGAAACCACUGCAAGCAGCCAUUGGUCUCUUUCAUUGAGCUGCCACCGACACAAUGCAUAAAUAAAUUAACUUUGAACAGGUAAUACCUAUGUAAAAAAAAGUUAAGGCUCUUGCGCAUUUGCUUAUGCUUGUAACUGCUGCCUUAAAUUAAUGGGAGCCUGCUGUAAAUUUGCACUCUUUUAGUCUUUAUUGCAAUUAUUGCUACCGACUUACUUUGUCAAAUAUAGUCGAUGCUUGUUUGUGUUCUCCAUAAAACGUGAAAUUAGGCAUUUUCAUGCUGUAGUCAUACAAAAACGGCAAAGAAAUGUACAAAAAGUGUGAUGCACAUGAAAAGGUUUUGUUUUGCUUAUCAAACCUUUUUUUUUUUUUUACAUUCUCUCUGCCAUCGUGUCAUUGGAUCUGAAAGUCCCUAAUGUUGCUUGGAAAACAAGAGAAAGUGAUGUCAUUUGACAUUUUAAUAUAAGCAUCAUGUGGGCGUGCAUACUUCAUAGCCACUCGCAUUAGUUUCUCUCCUUUGGUAGCAUAGCGUCCGGCCUGGAGAAACCACUGCUCUCAGGGUAUUUACCAUGGAGCUACUGUUGUUCAAAAAUUACAUUAAAUACUGUCAUUUAUUAAAUUUUGUUGUUUCUCAAAUAUUUAUCUCUGAAAGAUUAUCUAAAUCUCAAUCUAAGAGUAAUUUGUUAAUUUCUGCUUAGAAAUAUCCUUUUUAUUAAAUACUUAUUUUUAUUAGGAAUCCACUAUGGAGAUGUAAGCUGAAAUUCAAUAACCUUUAUUUUUUAAAUACCUGAUCGGUGCCCUCCAACACUUGUUUACUCGAAGUAUCUCAAAUGCAGCAUGUAUCUGAAAUAGCUCUCUGUUAUCUUUUUACUUAAAAUGAAUCUCAUCCUUUGUUACUUCUAUCCGUUGUUUUCAUUAUGAAAAUGUUGUCAGGGUAAUUGGUUCCUGCUGUAGCACAAAAGUCAGUUGCUUCUCAGGCAGUUCUGCAUAGUAGGCAGUUUUUUGGUGUAUUUCAUUUGUAGUUCAUAAAUAAAGUAAAGAAAUACAGCCACGCAAAAGACGAACUACAGUCUCAGACAGAAAUAGUUGGGACACUUUAACCAAACGCUGUUUUUUCCCUUCUCGUGCCCCCUCGUCCCUCUCAAAGUUGAUUGAUAUAUUUUGUAUAUUUUUCCCAGGGCUGCUGACUGGAAGCUAGAUCAACCUGACUGGACUGGAAGAGUAAGAGUGUGUGCUAAAGGAAAAGAAUGUUAUAUUAAAAUUGAAGACAAAAGUAGUGGUGAGUAAUAAUUAUGCAGAAGGCACCAAAAUUCAAAAAUUUUUAGGACCUUUUUCAUAGGCUGGUGGGUGAAUUAGGGACUACAAAAAACAUUUUAAGCUGUUGACGUGGUAGAAUGUGGGGGCUUAGGCCAACUGUGUAGUUUGAUUUAAGUGAAGUACAUAAUUUAUGUGUUGGUUCAGUGUUAUGUUUGUAUGCAACAACUGAAAUAGAAAACUGGAAUCAAAAGCAUGAUAUGGUUGUCAUUAAAAUUCUUUAGAGAAAAGUUGAAAGUUUUUAAUUUUUACGAGGACUUUUUGUUGCCAAGUCUUAUAAGGUGGGGGAAUUCAUCUUAAGUUUAAAAAUUUCAAACAAUAUAGCUUGUGACUUAUUGCUUCUUCAGGGGAUCUUUUUGCAAAAUGCCCCGUUGACAGUUACCCGGGUAUGGCAGUGGAAGGUGUAUUAGACAGCAGCAGAUACUUUGUCCUUAAAAUUGUAAAUGAUUCUGGUGAGUGGUUUUCAAUUAGGGUUGUUAUGGUAACAGACUUUUUCUAAAUAAUUUAUAUACUACUUAUUAACUGAGAGUGAGGUUAUUAAAGGGAAAUCUCAGACCGAGGCCUUGAUGUAUUGACCAAGCAAUUGCUUGGUCAAUACAUGAGUCCGAUCAGUGGAUAACUUUAAAAAACACUUCAACUCAAUGAGUUGUACACUUGAGCCUGUGAUACAGUCAGGUGACACUAGUCAGAGGAUAUCCUUUUUGACAGCUGUUAAUUAACCAUAAUAUGGAUGUCCAUAAGGAAGUCCACUAUCGACUUAAACACAGACUGUAUAUGCCUUGGACACCCAGCUAGUAAUGCCUGGUCAGUACAAGAAGAUAAUGCCCAGUAAUUGCAAGAAAACAGCCGAUCAGAGUGCACAUACUAUUGUAACCAUAUAAUAACGUAAAUUAUUACAUGAUUUUUCACACACAAGUGUUACUUUUAAGGAAUAAUUAAGUUUUGUCGGGAAAAUAUAAUUCAUAUUAUAUAUAAAGUCCCUCUCCACAUAGGCCUAUUUUUUCCAUAUUGGAAUAGAUUCCUUAUUAGACAAGGGGGGAUUAUUUAAAACUGGUACAGUGGCACUGAGGCCUUAGUACUGGUAAUAAUAGACAUUUGCAAUGUGGUAAAUGUCAAGCUUAAUACACCAGCAUAUGUGAGCAACUCCUCUUGUGACAGGUCCGAGGCUGUUCCCAUGGGAAGUCCACCUGGAGGGCGGUAACUUUAGAGAGUUUAACUGACUACAAGCUAAGUUCGCUUGAGGGACCAAGUUACCUGCAGGAUAUCAGGUUCAGGCAGAAGGGGCUCUUUAUCCUUGGCCGGAAGCCCAUCUAGAAGCAGGCACUUCGAACCCAAACCAGGCUUGGAGAGGGAUAGGCUCCGCCAGGCUUUAUUUGCCCAUGAUACACCACAUGAAAUGACAACCAUUUCUCAACCAAUACCAGAUCGGCCGUUGCCCGGGUCAAAAAGGACUGCACCUUCCGUUCCUCAUCAGGACGGAGGUGAGAAGUAUGCAACUGGUGUAGCAACUAGCAAGAUACAUGUCAGAAGCAAUAUCACUAUUGGCACCUGGAAUGUAAGAACCUUGUGAAUGGCAGGCAAAUUGGAAGAAUUGUCAUAUGAGAUGAGCAGGUACCGCUGGAACAUCUUAGGUCUCUGUGAGGUACGAUGGAAAACCUUUUGUGAGACAUCCACUGAGGAGGGUCAUAAAUCAUACUUCAGUGGCAAGGAGGACAUCUGCAGGAAAUCUUGGACCAGUCCCCUAAGAAAGACAUCCUUCUUGUGUUAGGUGAUUGGAAUGCCAAAGUAGGAGAGGAUGCAUUCAAGAACUGGAAAGGCACUUGGGGAUGCUACUGCAACCCAGAGACAAAUGAGAGAAGUCUAAGGCUUCUGGAGUUUCUCUUGCUACAACGAUCUUGUGCUGGCGAAUACACUUGGCAAACACAAAGUAUCCAGAAGAUGGACAUGGCACUGCCCAAAUGGAGGAUACAUGUACCAUAACCAGAUUGAUUAUAUCAUGGUUAGGAGGCGCUUCAUGACCAAUGUAUUUUUAACACCGAUAAGACAAGAAGCUUCCCAGGAGCUGACAUAGGAAGUGCAUGACCAUGAUUUAGUGAUGAUGUCUUUUUGGCUACGUUUAAAGAAAAUAAGAAUGCAGGGCCCCACAAGGGUUAAGUUCAAUCUUGAGAAGCUUAAAGACCCUCAAAUUUCNUUAGGUCUCUGUGAGGUACGAUGGAAAACCUUUUGUGAGACAUCCACUGAGGAGGGUCAUAAAUCAUACUUCAGUGGCAAGGAGGACAUCUGCAGGAAAUCUUGGACCAGUCCCCUAAGAAAGACAUCCUUCUUGUGUUAGGUGAUUGGAAUGCCAAAGUAGGAGAGGAUGCAUUCAAGAACUGGAAAGGCACUUGGGGAUGCUACUGCAACCCAGAGACAAAUGAGAGAAGUCUAAGGCUUCUGGAGUUUCUCUUGCUACAACGAUCUUGUGCUGGCGAAUACACUUGGCAAACACAAAGUAUCCAGAAGAUGGACAUGGCACUGCCCAAAUGGAGGAUACAUGUACCAUAACCAGAUUGAUUAUAUCAUGGUUAGGAGGCGCUUCAUGACCAAUGUAUUUUUAACACCGAUAAGACAAGAAGCUUCCCAGGAGCUGACAUAGGAAGUGCAUGACCAUGAUUUAGUGAUGAUGUCUUUUUGGCUACGUUUAAAGAAAAUAAGAAUGCAGGGCCCCACAAGGGUUAAGUUCAAUCUUGAGAAGCUUAAAGACCCUCAAAUUUCAGAUGCCUUCCGAGUAAUGAUUGGUGGUAAAUUUGCUCCCUUUACCUUGCUUGGUGCAGAUGACACAGAAGUGGACACACUCCUUAACACCUUAAAUGAAGCAAUGACUGAAACAGCUAGUGAAAUCUUAGGCAAACGCAGAGCAGUCAAAAUACCGUAGGUCACAACUGACAUACUCAAUCUAUGCGACCAACAAAGAGCACUGAAGAAUCAGAGACAUGAGACCACAGAAGGAGCAAGAAAGUACAGAGCAGUUAACCAGGAAAUUAAGAAGAGCUUAAGAAGGGGCAAAAGAGUCUUGGAUUGAUGUACAGUGUCAAGAUGUUGAAGAUAACAUCAGGAAGAACAAUAGCAAGAAAGCAUAUCAGCUGGUAAAAACUUUAACUAGCACAAAACAAGGAAAGACCAACACCAUACAGGACAAAGAUGGGAAUUGCCUGCGAAACCAACAGCAUUCUAAAGAGGUGGACAGAAUACUCUGCAGAACUGUACAGCCACACAGUCAUACGUGACCCUGAGGUGCUGACUGUUCCACUAGUAACCAACAUUGAUAACUACCCAGUCUUGCGGGAAGAGGUCGAAGCAGCUGUGAAAUCGCUCAAGAAGGGAAAAUCUCCAGGGAUAGACAAUAUCCCGUGGGAGCCAGGACAGGCAGGAGGAGAUGCUGUGAUGUGUCAUAGAUAAAAUCUGCAAUAAGAUAUAGCAGACAGGAGAGUGGUCCAUACUAUGGACGCAGUCUCUUAUCAUCACCCCUCCCAAGAACGGCAACCUUCAGCAGUGCAAGAACCACUGUAUGAUCAGCCUAAUAUGCCACCCAAGUAAAGUCCUGCUGAAGGUGCUGUUAAAUAGGCUGAAGCCUCAGGCAGAAUCAAUCAUCGCAGGAGAACAGGCAGGUUUCCGAUCAGGUUGAAGUACCACAGAAUAGAUCUUCAAUCUUAGGAUACUGUGUGACGGGUACCUCCAACAUCAAAAAGACCUUUAUCGCGUCUUUAUUGAUUUUAAAAAGACAUUUGACAGAGUAUGGCAUUAAGCCCUUUGGUCUACUAUUAGGCUUUAUAACAUUAAUGCCAACCUGAUCCAAGUCAUUGAAAACCUCUACAACAUGGCCCCUUGUGCAGUCUAUCUUAAUGGUGGCAUACGUAGGAGACUGGUUCAGAACCACAGUGGGAGUCAGACAAGGAUGUUUACUCUCACCGACUCUUUUCAACGUCUUUCUGGAGAGAAUUAUGACUGAUGCACUAGAAGAUCACCAAGGAGCAGUCAGCAUUGGAGGUAGAACAAUUACCAACUUACGUUUUGCUAAUGACAUUGAUGGCUUGGCAGGAAAAGAGGAGGAACUAGCCUCCCUGGUGGAUCAUGUGGAUAAGACCUCUGCAGCCUUUGACAUGGAAAUUAGUGCAGAGAAGACCAAACUGAUGACCAAUAAUGCAACUGGGAUCAGCAUUGACAUCAAAAUCAACAGUGAAAAAUUAGGCGAGGUUGACAGCUUCAAGUUUCUGGGUGCAGUCGUCACAGAUCAGGGUUUCAAGCCUGAAGUACUGUCCAGAAUUGCACAGAUAAAAGCGGCACUGGCGACACUGAAGACCAUGUUAUUAAGAGGUGGGGGCCAGGAGGUCUUCCCUGGCUACUUUGAACGUGGUCCCUGGGCUACUUUCAAAUGAAAAUAGAAGAAAAUAGAACCAAAAGAAACCCCUAGCUGUUUGAUUCCCCACCCACUUGUUGUAUUAACCCAGCAACUUGAAAUCUUAGUGACAACCCUAUAUUUUAUAUAAAUUUUAUUUCUUGUUACUUGUAUUUAUAUUUUAUUCAGCCUGGUGCCCCCAUUCAAUGCAUUAGCUUAUUUUAAUCUAGGCAAACAGACAUGUUAAUUAAGUUAAUUAUCAUUAUUACUAUUACUGUUUAGAAAUUAUUAUAAGUAUUGUUAUUAUAACUACUACUUUUAUCAUUAUUAUUAUUUUAUUAUAUUAUUAUUAUUAUUAUUAUUAUUAUAUAGAUAUGAUAAAAUUAAUGUUAUAAUUACAAAAUCUAAUAGAAUCUUUUGCUCCAGGUCAACAUGCAUUCAUUGGAAUGGGUUUUCAAGACAGAGGGGACAGCUUUGAUUUCAAUGUAGCAUUGCAAGAUCAUUUCAAGUUUGUUGAUUCUCUAUAUGGACUGCAUUUACACUCUGUUGCUUAUUGUUUUUUGUUCGACGUACACUAAAUAGAUUGUUAAAAAUAUGCUUUUUCCCUAAGGCCUCAUCUUUCUUAUCCAGGUGGAUAAAACAAAGUGAAAAGCUUGAAGCAGAAGCCAGUCAGCCUGAUCCUGGUCCAAAAUUAGACUUGAGUUUUAAAGAAGGACAAACAAUCCAUAUUAAUUUGGGGGUGAGUAAGGUUUAUUUAGUGAGAAUUGGUAAGAGAAUAUUCAGAUUCUUCUAACCCAGCUACUGAAAUUAUUUCCUGUUUUCCUUUGAGAGGGUGCAUGUCCAUUACAGCAUCAGCCCUAAACUUCUUGUUAUUUUCUUGUACGCAUAAUGCAGCCUGGAGUUUUCCUUCUCUGCCUGUACACCACAGACAUGUAUGGGAUGUGAUUUCAUACACAGUACCCCUCACUGCAACUUACUAUCAUGAUAAGUAACGUAAACUAUACAUUGUGACUCCAACCAUCACUCUAGCCCAGCAGAAUGUCAGUUUUCUGUACUGUGAAAAUAUUUCUUCUCGGUAGAGAUGCAUAUGAUUGUAUUUCCCUGAUCACACUCACCUUAUCAUUAGCUUUCCUUGCUAUAAAGGACCUGGAAACUUCUAUACUUUAACACUGGAGGUUUUAAGUCCAGUGGGAAUGUAAUUUUUAGGUUUUUUAGUCCACUGGGGUACUGUAGUGUUUAGAAAAAUGUCUUGAGCAAGGAAAUAUUGUUGGAUACAGAAAACGAUCCAGUUAGUGACAUACAAUACGUUUCACAUCUUUUAAAACAUUUGUAGUGUUCAGGGGUUUCAGUAACAAUUGAAGUAAAUUGAAGUAACUAGCAGGUUUGAAUAGAGUAACCGAUUGUAUCAACAAGGGGCUGUUAGUCCCCUUUUUCUUAAGGGGGGUGGUCUAGGUGCAUUCUGCCCCAGAAAAUUUUAAGUCACACAAUCAAUUCCUACAAGCAAUGAACAAAUGAUGAAAACUAAAUUACAUACUUUUGCACAUAAACAAAUUCUGCGUAAACCUAUAAACUUAAGAAACUUGUGAACAAAUGACUGAAUAGUGUUCACAUGACUAAAGCAACAUAGAACCAGUGGGUCUAAAGUUAUGAAAAAACGUGAUAAUUAUGUUUUCGUUCAGAUUUUAUGAUACAUUUUUUUGUUGACAACAUUAUUCAAACUAGUUGCUUCUUCUUUCUAGAAAAAAAUAGCAGACCUCUAUGAGCAAAGUGGCUGACACAUUUCGUCAGCCGUUGGUGCUUAUUCAAACCCCUGAGUGUUAUUCACUCUGUUAUUGGGUUGAUAAGGGGUGACAUUAAAAGUGAAAAAGCAGACAGUUGAACCUCCACUAACAGCCAUCUCUCCACAACAGCCACUAUUUUUUUUCCCCGCUGGACCCCCGCUGGACAGUCCAUAUAUUAACUCUUGUCUAAACCUCUCUACAAUGGCAACAGCCACUAAAGCAAUCCCCAACUUCCAAAACAACCUCUCGACAACAGGCAGUUUUUUCAGCGACUAACAAAAAAUUCAAGAAUGGUUAUGAAAUUUGAAAUGUAUGGCACUUCGAUGAUUAAUGGUGGCAAGUCUGACAUACAGUCAACUCCAGAUAAUUCAAACCUUCAAGGGAAACAGAAAAAAGUUUGAGUUAUUGGGAGUUUGAGUUAUUGAAGGUAAAAUUAUGUAGAAAAUGUUCUGAAGGGAAAUGAAAAUUGCUUUGAGUUAGCUUGCGACACCACCGGGAGUCUACUGUAUGUAUUUUGAUUAUGUUCGAUUUAUAUGCUGCAGCAAGCAUAAACUACAAAACUUACAAUGUUGCGAACCUGGAUUGUUUUGUCUUAUUAACAUUUUGAUUGAAAACAUUAUCUAAGUUUCAUUGUGUAUUUUAUCUAGUUAUUUUAUUUAUGAUUGGAUUGCCAUUAUAGGCUAAUAGUAAGCAUGAAAUUGACACCGGUUUAAUUACACCCCUACCUCCUUAUAACGGCCACUUUCUUUUGUCCUCAAGGUAACCUUUGUGGAGAGGUUAAACUUUAUUUCCUUUGUCCUUUAUUGACCAGGCUUGGUCUGUCAAGAUGGCUGGACAUUGGCUCUUUCUUUUUGGCAUUCUUAUGGACUAACACUUAGUUGAGGUCCACAAAUAAGGCCAAAAAAAGGAACUUGGCCAACAUCCAGAUAAUCUAAACUGACCAAACUUGCUCAAUAAAUUAUGCAUACACUACUGAAUUAUUGCAGAAGACUGAAUUUAAUUCAGUCCUUUAUUAUAAAUAAUCUUUCAGAAACGAUCACCUGGUUCAAGUGCCACAAAUCGACCUAAACCUGGUAAGUUUUUUUGAAAGAUAGACAAUGCAACUGUACUGUCCCAGCACUGCCUGGUACCCUUGAAGGUGACUGACUCUCUUAAGAUAAAUGAAAGGGCUCUACUGCUCUGGCAGGCAGUGCCGCCUGGAGUACCUUGGUGUACCCUACCAUCACCACAAUGUGCCCAGUUUCCUGUUCAAACAAAAAAUGUUUUAACACUAUGCACCAUAAUUCCAGCCAAACAAAGCAGCACUCUUUGUUAGAGAAUGACUAGGCUCUACAUUCCAUAAAUGGAAAAGUAAUUCAUGCAAUUACAUUACAGCAGUACAGUCCUGUUACAGUUAGCAAUCUUUAAACUCGUGCAUAUUUGAGGACAGGUUGUUGGGAAUAUGUCAGGGAAACUUGUUGUGGGAAUAUCAGCCUUGCNGAAUGACUAGGCUCUACAUUCCAUAAAUGGAAAAGUAAUUCAUGCAAUUACAUUACAGCAGUACAGUCCUGUUACAGUUAGCAAUCUUUAAACUCGUGCAUAUUUGAGGACAGGUUGUUGGGAAUAUGUCAGGGAAACUUGUUGUGGGAAUAUCAGCCUUGCUCUCUCCUGUUACAAUUAAAGCUUCCCCCAGCUUUCAGCGAGUUGAUACCUGUAGUGGAGAUUAUUUUAUGUAAAACCCCUGCAAGAGCAAAGAAAGCCAUGCAAUGUGAACUGUGCAUAUAAAGGAUUUAGUUGUGGCUUUCUUUUGGGGCCAUGACACGCCUAGAUUUGCCCAUCAGCCUACUUUUUUGAGGAAUGAAGUCGCCCCUUGUAUCAAGAUUAUUAUCAUGAUUUAUUAUGGUGUAUGACUGAGUCACUAAGUUAUUGCAGAAAUUCAGUAGUAUUUGUUUCACUGUGAAUUUCUGUUUGUUUUCAACAGCUGGUGGUGGGCUCGGUAUUAUUCCCCCACCUCCUGGGGGUGUGGCUCCAAAGAUAGCACCUCCCCCUGGGAGUGGGGCUUCACCUGCAGCUGGAAGAAGAGCAGUUCAGCCUCAUACCCAGGCUCCCUUCCCUAGCAUGGAUAAUUUUGGGGCUUCAUCUACAGUCCAACAACAAAGUCAGCAACAGAAGACAAUGCCAGACUGGGGAGACUUCACAUCAGCUUCAGGGUGUGUGUCCGAACAGGUUUAGGAAUAAUGAUUCAAGAAAACUUUACAUUCUUAAAGUGAAUUGCAGAUACAAUUGAACAUUCAUUGAGCAGCCACCCUCCAUUAUUAAAGCGGCACUUGACAACCUAAGUUUGGCUUUAUUUUAAGAAUAUGAUGAAGGAAAACAGCUCUGUAUAAAAGGUGACGACCGAUUGUGGACUGGUAAUGCUGCCCCCGUCGCGUUUUUGUUUUAAUAUAAAGUGAUUUUUCUGUUAAAGAUUAUGCUAAUUUAUGAGCCGGUUAAUGACGAACCUCUAUUGAGCGGCUAUUACCUCCAUUAAGCGGUACCCCGAUACCCCGAUACCCCGAUACCCCGAGGGUGAACGCUUGAAGGAAGUUCAACUGUAUUAAACGAUUCUUGGAAAGGUUUCUGUGAUACCCGGAAUAAACAACAGUGAAACAAGGUCAAGAAAAGCGUUAUCAUCGACGCCUUUGUCCUCGGCUGAUAACGUUUGCCUUACCCUUGAUUAUUCCGUGAUGUUAGAAACCAAAUUUGAUAAUUAUAUUGUUUUAUUGUAUAUUGAUUUGGAGAAAAUAAUGACAAACACAACGUCGCAUUGAACACAGUGUAUUAUUUUCCAAAAAGAAUAGAAAUGUUCAACCGACAGUGCUUGGAAAUCAUUCAUUGCACACCCAACCCACAGAUUACAGUCGAACCUCCCUGAGCGACCACCUAUCCAAAACACCAAACUUUUUUGAGUCAAAUCCCUAUAAUCAGAACCUUUAGGAAACGACCAUCUCUCAUAGUCGACCUUAAGCACUUUUGGGGCUGAUGGUGUGAUUAUUUUCCAUUGUUUUUAACCUCUUGUAAGUGACCGCUUGAUGCAUGAUGUGGUUUCUGUUUACUGUUUGUAUUAUGCUGCUCAGACUUUAUUAAGAACUUUCAGUGAUAACUACUUACCGUAAAUGACCUAACAGACGCCAACUCCCAAAUAAACGCCUGUUAUCUAAUAAAAGCCCCCUCUACGCUUUUAAAAUUGUGUUAGACGCCCCUCUCUGAUAAAUGCUCGAUGUCUAAUAGACGCCCCCUAUGAGAAUUAGCAAAAAGGAGCAAAAUCAUUCAAUUCAGUCUGUUUCUUGGUUGGUUAGCACGGCUUUGGGUAUUUCAUUUUGGUCAAUGAUAGGCUAAUGAUGGCAAGAUAAUAACCCUUAACGAGGAUUCGGACAUCGAUGUUGGGAUUUGAAAGAGCGAUAUGGAACUCUUGACAGCCUAGACGUAUGAAUUGAUGGAGUGGAUAUUCCGCUGUUUUUAAGCUCUUUUGAUUUUAGUCGAAGUAAUAGCUUUGUUGAGCUUGUUAAAUUAAGAUAAUAAGCGCCUCUCUCUUUUAUUAUUUAACCCUCGAACGUACAAGGGAGCGGGGGUGGUUGCCACUCCCCCAAGGUUUUUCUGAUUUUUUUCCUACACGUUUAUCCCUCGCGCACAUUUUAAGACAAGUUUAGUGAUGAUCAGUUACUAUGCUUAAGAGAUAUGACGUCAUAAGUAGCAGGUGGUCACGUAAUUUUUGAGUGAAAAGGCAUGUUUUUUCAGCUUCUUUUAGGAAUAAAAGUAAGGCUUGUGGAUAAAAUGAUGCAAAGUAAUUAUUUAUGUGUUACAACCGAAUUGGACUCCACUCAGUCCUGUUACCAUUACUAAUUUACAUGUUACAGUCGAAGCAGGUCAAGCGUUCCCGACGCUAACGAACGAAUGAAUUCGUUAAUGGGAAAAUUAUUUCGUUUGUUCAUUCAAUAAUCCAUUCAUAAAAUGAACAAUCCAAUAUUGAUAUUCAGCCUCGAUUCAAUAAUCAAAUGUUGAUUCGUUAAUUGUUUUUGGAAAAACUACACUUUCCACAAGUCGACCUUAGAAUUUUGAUAUUUCGUCUUUUUUUCUAAGAGUCGAGUGCGGGCAAGUUCUGAAGUUCAAACCCAAACAAACUGUUACAUGUACGCCAUUUUGCUACCAGUAAUCAGUGCAACAGACCUGACCUCUUAAGGUGAUGUUACACGGAACGAUUUGCAACGACGAUUUUUAGCGCAACACAGCGUUGCAACAUUGUUGCGACAUUGUUUCGAUUAAUUACAACAUUGUUCCAACAUUGCAACGCUGCGUUGCACUAAAAAUCGUCGUUGCGAAUCGUCUCGUGUAACAUCACCUUAAGAAAACACGAUAGUCAAACUGAGGUCAGCGUAUGUACGAUGAUUGGUGGAUUUCAAUCCUCGACCUUUGUCAGUUUCUUUGCGUUUAAUUUGCCAUCUGUCUAUUCUAGCUGUUAUUUUGAUUACAAAAGGCAAUGAAAAACGCAAUCGUAAACCGUUGGAAAAGGGGAAGCAAAUACGAGUGAACACAACAGACAAGAAUAAAGAACAGAUAGAUUUUGUUCAUAAACCAAAUCAACAUUUAGCCAUUGGAUUAUUCAUUUUAUGAAUGGACUAUUGAAUCCACAAACGAAAUCAUUUUUUUUAUAAAUGAAUUUAUUAGUUCGUUAGUGACGGGAACGCUUGACCUGCUUUGACUGUAAGCGCAAAAAAUUAUUAAUCCUCACUGCUGUUACCUGAUUUUAAUUCUUAAUAAAAUCCAAGAUUGCGGCCAUGUUUGGUAACGUCACAGACGUGCAGCAGCGCCACCAUCCAUAAAAUAUACCUCAUCUUGUAGAGAAGAUCAAAGGCUUCCCACUGAAGGCAAAAUCUUUUCGAAAUACCUCAACAUAUCAAAAACUCAACGGGGGGGUCCAUCAACCCCCCCCCCCCCCCUUCCCUCUUUUCCCCGGGGGGGGGGGGGUUUUGCGGUGGCCGUGUGGGGGUUAAACCAGGUUUAACCCCCACACGGCCACCGCAAAACCCCCCCCCCCCCGGGGAAAAGAGGGAAGGGGGGGGGGGGGGGUUGAUGGACCCCCCCGUUGAGUUUUUGAUAUGUUGAGGUAUUUCGAAAAGAUUUUGCCUCCAGGGGGAAGCCUUUGAUCUUCUCUAAAAGAGGAGGUUUAUUUUUUGGAUGGUGGCGCUGCUGCACGUCUGGGACGUUACCAAACAUGGCCCCAAUCUUGGAUUUUUUUAAGAAUAACCAAAAAUGCGGGAUAUUUUGGAAAAGUCAAAUGAGUGCAACAGCCCCACCAGCCAGAAAAUAAUCCUCUUCGUGGAGAGAAAUUCAAAGGCUUCCCAAGGGAGGCAAAAUCUUUUAAAAAUACCCCAACAAACCAAAAACUCAACGGGGGGGUCCAUAAACCCCCCCCCCCCUUGCCUCUUGUACCACGGUGGGGGGAUGAUUUUGCGUGUACGUUCGAGGGUUAAACGCCUCCUAUCUAUGAAACUCCCCAGCUUGGACCCCUAAAAUAAAAUAGACGCCUCGGGCGUUUAUUGGGUCAUUUCCGUUACAAGUAAAUAAGAAUUUGCUUACAAGAAAUUAUCUUGUCAAAGGAACCCCCUUUUUGUCGGUUCUCGUAAGCCUCUCGUAAGUGACCAAUAAAUCUUUGCGUUAUGGGUGGUCGCUUACGGGAGAUUCGACUGUACUCAGAUGACUUAAGGUUGCGCUGAAAUUAACUGUAAACUGUUAGCCAAUGAGAAGACAAAUGGUGAGUACAAUGUAUAAUAAUCUGCAAAAUUGACACAGCCCUUGACAGCAAACCUUUACAUUUAACGUGUUGUAUUUUUGAAGUGACAAGGCCUGAGACGAUUGAAUGCAUUUUUUUUUACCAUUUUGUGAUUUUCAUCUGUUAUUUCUCCUUUUUUUGUAGGAGUUCAGACUCUUCCUGGGUACAGUUUUGAGGACUUUUUCACAUUAAUAGAGCGCUCCAAACAAGAAAUUAUUUUACGAUUGCUACAACCUAAAUUGAUCCUUCUGUGGCAAGUGUCACUCAUUAGGAAACUUAGAUAGAGUAACAAAAGUUAAAAUAACUAAUUGCUGUACAACUUUACUUCAAUUACUAGUUUGCUGUAGUAAGAGAAGGCAGCGAUGCAUGUCAGUAAUAAGCAAGUACUUGUGUACAGUAUACCGUUGUACACAGUACUUUGAUUACAAGAAAGUUUUCACCUCAAAUAGGACUUUCGUAGUUGUAAAGUACAUGCAAAGUCAUCUAGAUAUUUUUUCCUGAGGCUGUAAAUUUCAAAAUAUUCUUCCCUAAAUUAGUUGUCAAAGGGUUUUAUUCACGCUGAUUAGGAAAAAAAUGAUGGUGGUCUCUGUCUAC